AUGGCUCGACUAAAGGCCUCCGCCUUCUUCUUUUUUUUCUUUACACAACAACAGCUUUCGUUGUCGUCUUCUUCGUCGUCCUCCGGCCGCGAUACGGCCGCGCACCAGAGCAUGCGCGUGUGUGCCCGCUUUCACCUUCUCCCUUUGUUACUUUCACUCUAUCUAUUUAAUCCUCUCCCCCUCCUUCUAGCUAUCCAUUUUCUCUCCUUUCCUUCUCUCUACCUUUAUCGGUUUUCCCCUCUCUUUGCAUUUCAUUUGCUUUAUUUAACUUUACUACCGUCUCUUUUUUUUUAUUAUUCGUCUUCCUUUUUCACUUUCUUCACUCCUCCCCAUUUUAAUUUCAUUCAUCUUUUUUUAUUGCAUUUAUUUUUAUCUCUUUCAUUUUAUCUCUAUAUCUGCCUAUCCCUCUCUUUCUCUCUCUCCCCCCCUCUCUCUCUCUCUCUCUCUCUCAGAGAUAUGUCUUUCUCAAAGGUAUCAUUCAUCUCUCUUUCAAUGAUUCCAUGUAUUUUCUCUUUACUUACUUUAUUUUCUUCCUCCUUUCCCUUCCCACUCUUUGUUUUACCCACUCUUUUUCUUUUCCUUCCCCCUUUCUCAUUCUGUUCACCACCCACCGUUUACCAUCCCACUACUUUUCUUCCUCAUCCUCUUCCACAAGUGAACGUUACUUUACUUCAACCAUUUUUCUUUCAUUCAUUUUCCUAUCAUUUUUUGAUCUAUCUAUCUAUCUAUCUAUCUAUCUAUCUAUCUAUCUAUCUAUCUAUCUAUCUAUCUAUCUAUCUAUCUAUCUACUUCAGGCUGUUCAUUAUCUAUCUAUCUAUCUAUCUAUCUAUCUAUCUAUCUAUCUAUCUAUCUAUCUUAUUCAUUUUUCUCCCGUUUUCCAUUUCUCUUUCUUUCUUUUUUUUGUGA